AUGGAUGAUCGUGAGCUUGAUCUUACCGAGUCACAGAAAGAUACCAAGUCAAAAUACCCGGCGAUCAACAAGAAGUAUGAAUGUGAGUUGCGAACUUGUGUAGAUAAUCUGUUAUGAACAUGCUUAACGUUAGCUAGCUUUUGUUUGUUUUGAGAUUGUUCACCAGGAAGUACAUUAAUGGGUUUCUGUUUGCAUUUACAAUGGAAGAGAAUAUUUAGUGGAGGAGACAGCUCUACCACCAUAAAUUGCUUCAUUGACACAUUGAUAUUGUAGCUAGACCUAGUAGAUGAAUACCCUCACAAAUUUGAUUGAAUGUUUACCUUAUAGCCCACUCUACUGUAUUGUAGUAACAUGAGUUGAAUAAUUGAUCUAUCUAUUCAUCUUGUCAUUUGGUUUCUCUCUAGAUUUGGACCACACUGCUGAUGUACAGUAAGUGGACUACCCAUGAACCACAGCAACUGCUGCUACUACCCUUAACAGUGGUGGAUACACCUUUAUUGUGAAAUCUACAAAGCCUACCUGAUAAUGCAGAGCAGCGAUCUGUGACUUGACCGUACGGAGUGGCUUCCCACUUGGCACACACUGGUUGAAUCAACGUUGUUUUCACGUCAUUUCAAUGAAAUUACAUUGAACCAAUGUGGAAUAGACGUUGAAUUAACCUCUGUGCCCAGUGGGUUUGUCUUGCAUCUGUCUCAUCACUCUUAUGUAUGUUCCUAGGCUCCACUCUUGGGGAGACUCGCUGGAGGAGGCCUUUGAGCAGUGUGCCAUGGCGAUGUUUGGGUAUAUGACAGAUACAGAGACAGUGGAGCCCAUUGACACAGUAGAAGUGGAGUCAGAAGGUGAAAUGGAAUAACAGACUGAAAACAGGCAUAAUACUCAUAGGGACAGUACAUUUCUGUAGUAGAUUAUGGGGGACCAGUACGGGGGAAAAAAUGUAUGCACUCACUACUGUAAGUCGCUCCUGGAUAAGAGCGUCUGCUAAAUGACUAAUGUUAUGUAAAUGUAAUUAUGUUUCAUAUAUGGGUCAAUAUUUUACUUACCAUUGCAUUCAAUACUUCCUUAUAAUGUCUCUUUGUUUCCUGACCAGGUGAUGACAUGGAAUCUCUUCUUUUCCACUUCCUAGAUGACUGGUUAUUCAAAUUCAGUGCAGAUCUUUUCUUUAUUCCCAGAGUAAGGGCCUUCAAUAUAUUAAUACUAAGUCAUGUUAGUCAUGUUAGCCAGUGAGGCUACAUGGAGCUCGCUCUCUCCUACCCCCAUCAAUAGAUGUAUAGCUUUCUUCGUGCCUGUCUGUAUAAUUGUAUGAUGUCAAAGGAGCAUGCACAUAAUUCCAUUGCAAAAAAUGUAUUGAGUUGAAACUUCAUUACAACUGGAAGAUAACAUGUCAUUACAUUUACCACAAGUGUUUAUUUAUCUUGUAUCCCUCCUUACAACACAGUUAAUUACCAAAGUGCUAUUGUUUGCUUCAAAUAGCUCCUACUUCAAAUGUAAUAAGCUUUGAAAAAAUACAUCAUGGUGGCAACUACCAAUUUCAUUUAGCAGUUACAAUAAUAAGGUAUUGCCUAACUUAAUUUCUGUCUUCUAGGAGGUUAAAGUUUUGCACAUUGACAGGAUGCACUUCAAAAUCCGCUCCAUUGGGUAAAUUGAUCUAAAGUUACACACUUCAGGAUUUAGUUUUUACCGUUUUUGCUCACUAGGUUGUACUAAUUUAUACUCGCAUGUGAUUGAUCAUCGACUUUUGAUUAAACCGUCUGAGGGGAUAUGGUGGGUUGGUUUUAGGUUAUUUGACAUUCUCCUACCCCUGAGAAAGACGAGGGUUGCAUGUUAUCAUUACUUCCUCCCUGAGUUCCUAUGCCUGGAGUUCUGGUUCGUUCUCAGCUUCCCUCCAUGCCUCACAUUCAGUUUUUCUCUGCUGUUGUAGGUGGGGAGAAGAGUUCAACUUGGUCAAGCAUCCACAGGUGAGCGAAUGGGAGAUGCACCUGAUAUGUUUCACCAUCUCUUGACCUGAACUGACCACAGAGAGGUCUCCUGUAUGACUCCCUCCUGGCCAUAAGCCAUAAUUACUGUUUAUGACCUGAUGAAGAUUGUUUAUCCAACAGAGGUUUUGAGAUAUGUAUUCUGUUACUGAAACAUGAUACAUACAUGAUGAUUAGUAGGCAUAUCAGACUGUUUUCAUUGAUUCAGAAAAGGCGUCAUUUCUGAUUAAAAAUGUUUGUAUUUUAGUGUUUUUGAAAGUGUCCCUAAACUAUGUGUAUAUUGUCCCUAAAGGGGACAGAAGUGAAGGCCAUCACUUACUCAGCCAUGCAGAUCCAUGACAUCGACAAGCCCGAGAUCUUUGCCAUCAUUGACAUCUGA